CGCACCCACGCAUUGUCAGGUGCGAAGGAGCGGCUGCCGUGCGGUGUGGUGUGAUCAAAUUGGAUAUUCAAGCAAUUUAUCACGAAAGUACGAAACAUCUUUAGAUUCUCCACGACACCAUGGCGUUACAUGUACCCAAAGCUCCGGGCUUCGCCCAGAUGAUGAAAGAAGGAGCUCGGCACUUCUCUGGGCUCGAAGAAGCAGUGUACCGCAACAUUGGCGCCUGCAAAGAGUUUACCAAGACAGUUCGCACUGCGUAUGGCCCCAAUGGCAUGAACAAAAUGGUCAUCAAUCACAUUGAGAAACUCUUUGUUACAAGUGAUGCUGGGACCAUCAUCCGUGAACUUGAUGUGGAACAUCCUGCUGCUAAGCUCAUGGUCCUUGCAGCAGAAAUGAUGGAACAAGAAGUGGGAGAUGGUACAAACUUUGUUAUCAUACUGUGUGGUGCGCUUCUGGAGGGUGCUGAAGAAUUACUCCGUAUGGGUCUCACACCAUCUGAAAUUUCUGAAGGCUUUGAAUUGGCUUUAGACAAAGCUCUUGAAAUUCUUCCCUCCCUUGUUGUUGACAAAGUUGAAGACAUCAGGAAUGAGUCUCAAGUUAUGAAAGCCCUUAGAACUUCCAUCAUGAGCAAACAGUAUGGACAAGAGGACUUCAUCAGUCAACUUAUCGGCAAAGCAUGCAUUUCUGUGUUACCGGAAGGGGGAUCCUUUAAUGUGGACAAUGUUCGAGUCUGCAAAAUCCUGGGUUCUGGUCUUUAUGGUUCAUCAGUUGUGCAGGGCAUGGUUUUCAAGCGCCAGGUAGAAGGUGAUAUUACCAAGAAGAACAAAGCUAAAGUUGUAGUGUACACUUGUGCUGUAGAUAUUAUGCAAACUGAAACCAAGGGAACAGUUCUUAUUAAAAAUGCAGAUGAAUUAAAGAACUUCUCUAGGGGAGAGGAAAGCAUGCUUGAAAGUCAAAUUAAGGCUAUUGCUGAUGCUGGAGCUGAUGUCGUUGUUGGUGGGGCCAAAUUUGGUGACAUGGCACUGCACUAUUUGAACAAGUAUGGUCUUAUGGGUGUUCGCCUCACAAGCAAAUGGGAUCUUCGUAGACUAUGCAAAGCCGUGGGUGCCACUGCUUUGCCUCGAAUGACUGCACCAACAAAAGAAGAGAUGGGUUAUGCUGAUGUUGUUUGUGUUGAUGAGGUUGGUGACACAGAUGUUGUUGUUUUCCGCCUGGAAGGCAAGGAAUCAAAGGUAGCAACGAUUGUAGUGCGUGGUGCAACCAACAACUACAUGGAUGACAUUGAAAGGGCGAUUGAUGAUGGUGUAAACACUUUCAAGGGAAUCAGCAAGGAUGGUCGUCUUGUAGCUGGGGCGGGUGCAACUGAAAUUGAGCUUGCCCGACAGUUGACCUCUUUUGGAGAUACACGACCUGGUCUUGAACAGUAUGCAGUGAAGAAGUUUGCUGUUGCAUUAGAGGGAUUUGCCAAAAUCUUAGCUGAAAAUACUGGCAUUAAAGCCAAUGAACUAGUGUCUAAGCUAUAUGCUGCUCAUGAAGAAGGCCAAAAGACUGCAGGCUUUGACAUUAAUGCUGAAGUCGCAAGCACUUGUGAUGCUGUAGCUGGAAACAUCUUGGACCUUUACCUCACCAAGAUGUGGGGCAUGAAGUACGCUGCCAAUGCCGCUUGCACAAUUCUUAAAGUUGAUCAGAUCAUCAUGGCCAAGAGAGCAGGAGGUCCCAAGCCCCCCAGUCAGAGGCCAGGUGCUGACAAUGAUGAAGAUUGAGCAACGUGAGAAGUUAAAUGACGGUGCCUUAACCAGUGCAACCACAUCUUGCAGAACUGUUAUUUAUUAUGGACAGUGUUUUACCAUAACUUUCAUGUCAACCUUCAUCACAAGUGCCUACACCAUUUUCACCCAGUGCUUAAUGUAACUCAUGUUAUUUGCAAUGCAUUUAUGUGAUCUAACCGCCCCUUUUUUUUAGAAUAAAAUGAAAUGCUUAA